AUGAUAAGUGCUGUGCAGAUUCAAGAUUCCGAAGGAUGGAUAGUUAAAAAGUUUCAUAAUAUCCACGGAUGCUGUGUGGAUUAUACGCAGGGCGGAGAUGACUACAACCUUACCAGUAAAGUGAUUUCGGAACUAAUUUUGCAAAAAAUUGCAGAUGAUCCACGAUACAAAAUUAAAUACGUCAUCGAAGAUGUCAAGGCAAAAUGGGGUGUUCGUGUUGAUUACAAGAAGGCUUGGUACGCAAAAGUCAUCGCGUUGGAGACGCUGUAUGGAAAGUGGGAUGAGUCCUACAACAUAUUGCCACAAACGUUAAUGGCCAUACAACAAACAAAUCCAGAUUCCGUUGUUGAUACUGUCAACACGGCAACGGCAAUCCCGAGUGAGUUCCGAUUUAAGUAUGUUUUUUGGGCAUUCAAACCCGCAAUAGAAGGGUUUAAAUACUGUUUACCCGUACUUACGGUCGAUGGUACGCAUUUGUACGGAAAGUACAAAGGCCACCUUCUAUUAGCAGUAGCUAUAAAUGCCAACAAAAAAAUACAUCCAGUUGCAUACUCAAUUGUUGACGCUGAAACAGGAGAUAGUUGGAGUUGGUUCUUGAGAUUGGUGGCACAAAAUGUGUUUGGUGAUUUUCAACACAUAUGUAUUAUCUCGGAUAGGCAUGGUGGCAUCGACCAUGCAUUUCGGGAAAUACCAGAACUGGCCGAGGCGCGAGUCCAGCGUCUAUACUGCCUCCGACAUUAUUGGUCAAAUUUGAUGACCAAGUUUAAGAAUAAGGAAUUUAAAAAUUUGUUUUGGCAGGCUGGUUGUGCUAUGGAUGUUAGGGGGUUUGAGGCUGUAAUGAGUAUAAUUUGGGCAAGUGACGAGGCAUCAUAUAAUUACUUGAUGGCAAUCCCUGCUCGGUUUUUGGCCCUAAGUCACGAUGGGGGAUUUAGACAUGGAUUGAUGACGACCAACAGCUCGGAAUCUUUCAACAACAGUCAAAAGCAUUGUCGUGUUUUGCCCGUGUCGGCGAUAGUGAAGCUAACGUACGAAAAAACUGCUCUAAUGUUUGCUGAGAGGUGUACAGCUGAAUUGGUAAUGCAACAAGGGGGAUUUUAA